CCGCCUCGGAGGAGCCCCGCGCCCGGCCAGGCCGCCCGCCGCAGCGCGGCCGCUCAGUGCGCAGCGGAGCCCGGAGCCGACCGCGGGCUCGCCGCCCUCCAGCCAGAAAGGAUUACUUGGCUUCCUCGGUGCCGGGGAGACUCGCCUUCUUUCGAGCAAGGCGCCAUGCUGCUGCUGCCGGUGCUGCUGGCUGUGCUGGGCCCGGCCUGCUGGGCGCUGGACCCGGCCCCGGGCUCCGCGGAGCUGCGCUCGGCCUUCUCGGCGGCUCGCACCACCCCGCUGGAAGGCACGUCGGAGAUGGCGGUGACCUUCGACAAGGUGUACGUGAACAUCGGCGGCGACUUCGACGCGGCCACCGGCCGGUUCCGCUGCCGCGUGCCCGGCGCCUACUUCUUCUCCUUCACGGCGGGCAAAGCCCCGCACAAGAGCCUGUCGGUGAUGCUGGUGCGCAACCGCGACGAGGUGCAGGCGCUGGCCUACGACGAGCAGCGGCGGCCCGGCGCGCGGCGCGCCGCCAGCCAGAGCGCCAUGCUGCAGCUCGACUACGGCGACACGGUCUGGCUGCGUCUGCACGGCGCCCCGCAGUACGCGCUCGGCGCGCCGGGCGCCACCUUCAGCGGCUACCUGGUCUACGCCGACGCCGACGCCGACGCCGACGCGCCUGCGCACGGCCAGCCCGCGGCCCCGGAGCGGCGCUCCGCCUUCUCCGUAGCGCGCACGCGCAGCCUGCUGGGCUCGGACGCCCACCCCGGGCCGCGGCACCGGCCGCUCACCUUCGACGCUGAGCUGGUCAACAUCGGCGGCGACUUCGACGCGGCGGCCGGCGUGUUCCGCUGCCGCCUUCCCGGCGCCUACUUCUUCUCCUUCACGCUGGGCAAGCUGCCGCGCAAGACGCUGUCGGUGAAGCUGAUGAAGAACCGCGACGAGGUGCAGGCCAUGAUCUACGACGACGGCGCGUCGCGGCGCCGCGAGAUGCAGAGCCAGAGCGUGAUGCUGCCGCUGCGGCGCGGCGACGCCGUCUGGCUGCUCAGCCACGACCACGACGGCUACGGCGCCUACAGCAACCACGGCAAAUACAUCACCUUCUCCGGCUUCCUGGUCUACCCCGACCCGGACCCCGACUCCGGCCUCGCCCUCGACGGCGCACAGCUCCGGCCCCCGGAGCUCUGAAGCGGGGACGGGACGGGACGGGACGGGACGGGACGGGGAGGCGGCGGGGUGGGGGUUGCAUGCCGUCGGGGUGGCUGGCUGGACUCUGCAAUAAAGCGGGGGCUGUCUGCACGGGGGUCCUGCGCUG